GUCCCUCUCCGCACCUCCCGCCUCGCCGUGCAGCUUGGCCCGACUGCUGUUUCUUCCUCUGUUUGGGUACAGCUCCAGUCGUCUCGUCUCCUCGCUACCCGCCGUGUGACCCCUUUGGGGUGGCAUGAGUGCGAAUUCUUUUUCUGAUUGUCAGAAAUUUCUUUUCUACGGUGGGGGCCGGAGGCAGAUUUUUUUUCCUCCAACUGUCUCCCUUCUCAUUUAUUUUAUUCUCUCCCGUCCCUUCUCCUGCCUUCCUUCCCCGCUCCCCUUCUCCCCCUCCCCAUUCCUCCUUCUUCCCCCUUCCAUUUCACCACCUCUCCUACCCCCUCUCCCCGUGCCCCUUCCCCUACCCUUGUGCCCUUUUAAAAUAAUUCAGUGAUGUCUCCGGAAUACUAGCACUCUCCUCAUUCAGCCGAGCGCGGGACUCUGCGUUAAUUCAAGAUUUGUUGAACCCCAGCAAUGCUCAAGGAGCUGUUAGCAAUAUAAAAAUAGCAAUGUUCUGUGAUGGUGCCCGAGAUGCGUGGACUGAGCCCAGGCCGCAGGCUGCCCGAGCCCAUCCUCUGCCCGGCUGCGGGCGGGAGCCCUGAGCCCAGGGCCGCGGGCCACCGCCUCCGCCACGUCCUGGCCCUGCCGGAGGAGGAGGCAUGGCGGCCCCAGCAGUGCGCGCUACUCGAAGCCGACGCCUCCGAGGAGGUGGGCAUGCUGCCGGCCUCCCCGCGCUGCGCCGCCGCCGGCUUCGACAACUUCUUCCCGGUGCAGGAGGGCGAGGGCCCGGGCUGGGAGGGCAGCUCCAGCCCCUUCCUCCCUGUGAGCCCCGAGGUGAUGAAGAGGCGGCGCGGGGGUCUCAUCGAGCAGCGGGACAUCAUCAAGGCCCACGAGGCGCACAAGAUGCAGAGCACCCCGCAGGCGCGGCGCAAGGAGUGGGAGAUGGCUCGCUUCGGGGAGGCAGUGGUCGGCAGGCCGGGGUCGGGCGAUGGAGACUCGGACCAGAGCAGGAACCGGCAAGGAACCCCCGUGCCGGCCUCCGGGCCGGCGGCCGCCUACAAGCAGUCGAAAGCGCAGAGGGCGCGGACUAUGGCUUUGUACAACCCUAUUCCCGUCCGGCAGAACUGUUUCACCGUCAACAGAUCCUUGUUCAUCUUCGGAGAAGAUAACAUUGUCAGGAAAUACGCCAAGAAGCUCAUCGAUUGGCCGCCGUUUGAGUACAUGAUCCUGGCCACCAUCAUUGCCAACUGCAUCGUCUUGGCCCUGGAGCAGCAUCUUCCUGAGGAUGACAAGACUCCGAUGUCCCGCAGACUGGAGAAGACAGAACCCUAUUUCAUUGGGAUCUUUUGCUUUGAAGCUGGGAUCAAAAUCGUGGCCCUAGGGUUCAUCUUCCAUAAGGGCUCGUACCUCCGCAAUGGCUGGAACGUCAUGGACUUCAUCGUGGUCCUCAGUGGCAUCCUGGCCACUGCGGGAACCCACUUCAACACACACGUGGACCUGAGGACCCUCCGGGCCGUGCGUGUCCUGAGGCCCCUGAAGCUCGUGUCAGGAAUACCUAGCCUGCAGAUCGUGCUGAAGUCCAUCAUGAAGGCCAUGGUGCCUCUCCUGCAGAUCGGCCUCCUGCUCUUCUUUGCCAUCCUGAUGUUCGCUAUCAUCGGCUUGGAAUUCUACAGUGGGAAGCUGCACCGAGCGUGCUUCACGAACCAUUCAGGUAUUCUAGAAGGAUUUGACCCCCCUCACCCAUGUGGCGUGCAGGGCUGCCCAGCUGGUUAUGAAUGCCGGGACUGGAUCGGCCCCAACGACGGGAUCACCCAGUUCGAUAACAUCCUUUUUGCUGUGCUGACUGUCUUCCAGUGCAUCACCAUGGAAGGGUGGACCACCGUGCUGUACAAUACCAAUGAUGCCUUAGGAGCCACCUGGAAUUGGCUGUACUUCAUUCCCCUCAUCAUCAUUGGAUCCUUCUUUGUUCUCAACCUAGUCCUGGGAGUGCUUUCCGGGGAAUUCGCCAAAGAGAGAGAGAGAGUGGAGAACCGGAGAGCUUUCAUGAAACUGCGGCGCCAGCAGCAGAUCGAGCGGGAGCUGAAUGGAUACCGUGCCUGGAUAGACAAAGCAGAGGAAGUCAUGCUUGCUGAAGAAAAUAAAAAUGCAGGAACAUCAGCCUUAGAAGUGCUUCGAAGGGCCACCAUCAAAAGGAGCCGGACGGAGGCCAUGACGAGAGACUCCAGUGAUGAGCACUGUGUUGAUAUCUCAUCUGUGGGCACACCUCUCGCCCGAGCCAGCAUCAAAAGCGCGAAGGUGGAUGGGGCCUCCUAUUUCCGGCACAAGGAGAGGCUUCUGCGCAUCUCUAUCCGCCACAUGGUGAAAUCCCAGGUGUUUUACUGGAUCGUGCUGAGCCUCGUGGCUCUCAACACCGCCUGUGUGGCCAUCGUCCAUCACAACCAGCCCCAGUGGCUCACCCACCUCCUCUACUAUGCAGAGUUUUUGUUUCUGGGACUCUUCCUCCUGGAGAUGUCUCUGAAGAUGUACGGCAUGGGGCCUCGCCUUUACUUCCAUUCUUCAUUCAACUGCUUUGAUUUUGGGGUCACAGUGGGGAGCAUCUUUGAAGUGGUCUGGGCAAUCUUCAGACCUGGCACGUCUUUUGGAAUCAGUGUCUUGCGAGCUCUCCGACUUCUAAGAAUCUUUAAAAUAACCAAGUAUUGGGCAUCCCUACGGAAUUUGGUGGUCUCCUUGAUGAGUUCCAUGAAGUCUAUCAUCAGUUUGCUCUUCCUCCUCUUCCUCUUCAUCGUGGUCUUUGCUCUCCUAGGAAUGCAGCUCUUUGGAGGCAGGUUCAACUUUAAUGACGGGACUCCUUCAGCCAACUUCGACACCUUCCCUGCAGCCAUCAUGACUGUCUUCCAGAUCCUGACGGGCGAGGACUGGAACGAGGUGAUGUACAACGGGAUCCGCUCCCAGGGCGGGGUCAGCUCGGGCAUGUGGUCAGCCAUCUAUUUCAUUGUGCUCACCUUGUUUGGAAACUACACGCUGCUGAAUGUGUUCUUGGCCAUCGCCGUGGACAAUCUGGCCAAUGCCCAGGAGCUGACGAAGGAUGAGCAGGAAGAAGAGGAGGCUUUCAACCAGAAGCACGCCCUGCAGAAGGCCAAGGAGGUCAGCCCGAUGUCUGCACCCAACAUGCCUUCCAUCGAAAGAGACAGAAGGAGAAGACACCACAUGUCGAUGUGGGAGCCACGCAGCAGCCACCUGAGGGAGCGGAGGCGCCGACACCACAUGUCGGUGUGGGAGCAGCGCACCAGCCAGCUGAGGAGGCACAUGCAGAUGUCCAGCCAGGAGGCCCUCAACAAGGAGGAGGCCCCGCCCAUGAACCCCCUCAACCCCCUCAACCCCCUGAGCCCCCUCAACCCGCUCAACGCCCACCCCAGCCUCUACCGGAGGCCCAGGCCCAUCGAGGGGCUGGCCCUGGGCCUGGGUCUGGAGAAGUGCGAGGAAGAGCGCAUCAGCCGUGGGGGGUCCCUCAAGGGGGACGGAGGGGACCUGGACCACCCGAGGAGCCCCCUGUCCCUGGGCAAACGGGAGCCGCCGUGGCUGGCCAGGCCGUGUCAUGGCAACUGUGACCCGACCCAGCAGGAGGCAGGGGGCGGGGAGACCGUGGUGACCUUUGAGGACCGGGCCAGGCACAGGCAGAGCCAGCGGCGCAGCCGGCACCGCCGAGUCAGGACGGAGGGCAGGGAGCCCUCCUCUGCCUCCCGGAGCAGGUCCGUCAGCCAGGAGCGGAGUCUGGAUGAAGCUGUGCCCAGCGAGGGGGAGAGGGAGCGCGAGCCCAGGGGCGGCCACGGGGUCAAGGAGCCCACAAUCCAGGAGGAAGAGCGAUCCCAGGACUUAAGGAGGACCAACAGUCUGAUGGUGCCCAGAGGCUCCGGGCUGGCAGGAGCCCUCGAUGAGGCCGACACACCCCUUGUCCUGCCCCAGCCAGAGCUGGAUGUGGGAAAGGACGCGGUGCUGACAGAGCAAGAGCCGGAGGGCAGCAGUGAGCAAGCCCUGCUGGGCGAUGUGCAGCUGGACAUGGGCCGGGUCAUCAGCCAGAGUGAGCCCGACCUCUCCUGUGUCACAGCCAACACGGACAAGGCCGCCACCGAGAGCACCAGCGUCACUGUCGCCAUCCCCGACGUGGGCCCCUUGGUGGACUCAACCGUGGUGCACAUCAGCAACAAGACUGAUGGAGAAGCCAGUCCCUUGAAGGAGGCAGAGAUCAAGGAGGAGGAGGAGGAGGUGGAGAAGAAGCAGCAGAAGAAGGAGAAGCGUGAGACGGGCAAAGCCAUGGUGCCUCACAGCUCAAUGUUCAUCUUUAGCACCACCAACCCGAUCCGCAGGGCCUGCCACUACAUCGUGAACCUGCGCUACUUUGAAAUGUGCAUCCUCCUGGUGAUCGCAGCCAGCAGCAUCGCCCUGGCGGCCGAGGACCCCGUCCUGACCAACUCGGAGCGCAACAAAGUGCUGAGGUACUUUGACUAUGUUUUCACCGGCGUGUUCACCUUUGAGAUGGUUAUAAAGAUGAUAGACCAGGGCUUGAUCCUGCAGGAUGGGUCCUACUUCCGAGACCUGUGGAACAUCCUGGACUUUGUGGUGGUGGUAGGCGCAUUGGUGGCCUUUGCGCUGGCGAAUGCUUUGGGAACCAACAAGGGGCGGGACAUCAAGACCAUCAAAUCCCUGCGGGUGCUCCGGGUGCUGCGACCACUGAAGACCAUCAAGCGCCUGCCCAAGCUCAAGGCUGUCUUCGACUGUGUGGUGACCUCCUUGAAAAACGUCUUCAACAUACUCAUUGUCUAUAAACUCUUCAUGUUCAUCUUUGCUGUCAUCGCGGUUCAGCUUUUCAAGGGCAAGUUCUUCUAUUGCACGGACAGUUCCAAGGACACAGAGAAGGAGUGCAUAGGCAACUAUGUUGAUCACGAGAAGAACAAGAUGGAGGUGAAAGGCCGAGAAUGGAAGCGCCACGAAUUCCACUACGACAACAUCAUCUGGGCCCUGCUGACCCUCUUCACCGUCUCCACAGGGGAAGGGUGGCCUCAAGUUUUGCAGCAUUCUGUCGAUGUGACCGAGGAGGACCGAGGCCCGAGCCGCAGCAACCGCAUGGAGAUGUCCAUCUUUUACGUGGUCUACUUUGUGGUCUUCCCUUUCUUCUUCGUCAACAUCUUUGUGGCGCUUAUCAUCAUCACCUUCCAGGAGCAGGGGGACAAGAUGAUGGAGGAAUGCAGCCUGGAGAAGAACGAGAGGGCGUGCAUCGACUUCGCCAUCAGCGCCAAACCCCUCACCCGCUAUAUGCCCCAGAACCGGCAGACCUUCCAGUACCGCGUGUGGCACUUCGUGGUGUCCCCGUCCUUUGAGUACACCAUCAUGGCCAUGAUCGCCCUCAACACCGUCGUGCUGAUGAUGAAGUACUAUUCCGCUCCCUGUACAUAUGAACUGGCCCUGAAGUACCUGAAUAUCGCCUUCACCAUGGUGUUUUCCCUGGAGUGUGUCCUAAAGAUCAUUGCCUUUGGCUUCUUGAACUAUUUCCGAGACACCUGGAAUAUCUUCGACUUCAUCACCGUGAUUGGGAGCAUCACAGAAAUUAUUCUGACAGACAGCAAGCUGGUGAACACCAGUGGCUUCAACAUGAGCUUUCUGAAGCUCUUCCGAGCUGCCCGCCUCAUCAAGCUCCUGCGUCAGGGCUACACCAUCCGGAUUUUACUGUGGACCUUUGUACAGUCCUUUAAGGCCCUCCCCUACGUCUGCCUUCUGAUUGCCAUGCUUUUCUUCAUCUACGCCAUCAUCGGAAUGCAGGUGUUUGGAAACAUAAAGUUGGAUGAGGAGAGUCACAUCAACCGGCACAACAACUUCCGGAGUUUCUUUGGGUCCCUGAUGCUACUCUUCAGGAGCGCCACGGGCGAGGCCUGGCAGGAGAUAAUGCUGUCGUGUCUCGGGGAGAAAGGCUGUGAGCCCGACACCACCGCCCCGUCAGGGCAGAGCGAGAGUGAGCGCUGCGGCACCGACCUGGCCUACGUUUACUUUGUCUCCUUCAUCUUCUUCUGCUCCUUCUUGAUGCUCAACCUGUUUGUUGCUGUCAUCAUGGACAACUUUGAGUACCUGACUCGGGACUCAUCCAUCCUGGGGCCUCACCACCUGGACGAGUUUGUCCGUGUCUGGGCAGAAUAUGACAGAGCUGCAUGCGGCAGGAUCCCGUAUAAGGAUAUGUACAAAUUAGUGCGGGUGAUCUCGCCGCCUCUGGGCCUGGGAGAGAACUGCCCCUACAGGGUGGCUUGCAAGAGGUUGGUCCUGAUGAAUAUGCCCGUGGCUGAGGACAUGACCGUCCACUUCACUUCCACGCUUAUGGCUCUAAUCCGGACGGCUCUGGACAUUAAAAUCGCCAAAGGUGGUGCAGACAGGCAGCAGCUAGACUCGGAGCUGCAGAAGGAGACCCUGGCCAUCUGGCCUCACCUGUCCCAGAAGAUGCUCGAUCUGCUUGUGCCCAUGCCCAAAGCCUCUGACCUGACGGUGGGCAAAAUCUAUGCAGCAAUGAUGAUCAUGGACUACUAUAAACAGAGCAAGGUGAAGAAGCAGAGGCAGCAGCUGGAGGAGCAGAAAAAUGCACCCAUGUUCCAGCGCAUGGAGCCUUCAUCUCUGCCUCAGGAGAUCAUCGCUAAUGCCAAAGCCCUGCCUUAUCUCCAGCAGGACCCCGUUUCAGGCCUGAGUGGCCGGAGUGGAUACCCUUCGAUGAGUCCACUCUCCCCGCAGGAAAUAUUCCAGUUGGCUUGUAUGGACCCAGCCGAUGAUGGACAGUUCCAGGAACAGCAGUCUCUGGAGCCAGAGGUUAGUGAAUUAAAAAGCGUGCAGUCCUCUAACCAUGGCAUCUACCUUGCUUCGGACACCCAGGAGCAUGCGGGAUCCGGGAGGGCAUCCUCUAUGCCACGCCUGACUGUGGAUCCCCAGGUGGUGACAGACCCUAGCUCCAUGAGGCGUUCCUUCUCCACCAUCCGGGAUAAGCGCUCCAAUUCCUCGUGGCUGGAGGAGUUCUCCAUGGAGCGAAGCAGCGAAAACACCUACAAGUCGCGUCGCCGGAGUUACCACUCCUCCCUGAGGCUGUCGGCCCACCGCCUGAACUCUGACUCAGGCCACAAGUCCGACACCCACCGCUCAGGGGGCAGAGAGCGGGGGCGAUCGAAAGAGCGAAAGCAUCUUCUCUCUCCCGACGUCUCUCGCUGCAACUCCGAGGAACGAGGGACCCAGGCCGACUGGGAGUCCCCAGAGCGUCGUCAGUCCAGGUCUCCCAGCGAGGGCAGGGCACAGACCCCCAGCAGACAGGGCACAGGGUCCCUGAGCGAAAGCUCCAUCCCCUCCGUCUCUGACACCAGCACCCCAAGACGAAGUCGUCGGCAGCUCCCACCCGUCCCUCCAAAGCCUCGGCCCCUCCUUUCCUACAGCUCCCUGAUGAGACACACUGGGAGCAUCUCCCCACCUGCUGAUGGAAGCGAGGGUGGCUCCCCACUGACCUCCCAAGCUCUGGAGGGCAACGAUGCGGGCCUGCCCGAGUCUUCCAACCCCCGGCACGCACCACAGGGCCAGCCUGCCUCCCCUCCACGCUACAUCUCCGAGCCCUACCUGGCCCUGCACGAAGACUCCCACGCCUCGGACUGUGGCGAGGAGGAGACGCUCACCUUUGAGGCAGCUGUGGCCACCAGCCUGGGCCGCUCCAACACCAUCGGCUCUGCCCCGCCCCUGCGGCACAGCUGGCAGAUGCCCAACGGGCACUAUCGGCGGCGGAGGCGUGGGGGGCCUGGACCCGGCAUGAUGUGUGGAGCCGUCAGCGACCUCCUGAGUGACACGGAAGAAGACGAUAAAUGCUAGAGGCUGCUCCCCCCUCCGAUGCAUGCUCUUCUCUCACACGGAGAAAACCAAGACCUGAAUUGGGAAGCCAGUGCGGCCCGGGGGGGAGGAAGAGGGAGGAAGGAGCUGGAAGGACAGCAUGCAUCAGCUGAGAGGAGGAAGGGCAGGACAGAAGGACCACCAGUCAAACCCACCCAAUUGCUAUAUUCCCCUUCGCCAAGAUGGGCACUGCCAUAGUUCUGCCUCUUUGCUGGGGAAGGAACCUAUGAGACCGUGGAGGGUUAUUCCCAGGGGAGAAGGGACACGAGGAUGGCUUUGCUUCCCCUUGCCCCUUCCCACUUUUCUAUAGCCGUGAAGGGACAGAGCCAGCCUGGGUCUCUGCGCACUGCCCUGAAAAGCCUGGAGGACCUUCUGGCUCUUACCUGGGGAGUGUGGAGACCCUGGGAGAGGAAUUCAUCCCUCCCCAGCUCUUCCUCCCCAGCCAGCACCCCUGCCGCCAGGGCAGCUGCGACCGUGUCUCAUGCGUGAUCCUGUGGCUUGCUUCCAUGGAAGCAGCACAGGCUGAGUUCACGAUCAUGGGAUGUCAAGGGUAGGAGGCAGAGAGGGAGGAGAGGGUAGACGGGGAAGGUGUGGGGGUGCUGCGGUGGCCGCAGUCAGCGAGGGCUGGUCUGGAUGAGCAAAGCCAUAGUGCGGCAGCCUGCCUGCAAGGAGAAGGGCCAAGAAGCCGAGGGCUGGUGGUGCUGGUCGGCACGGUCCUGUCUGAGGCAUCACCCACUCAGUAGGUGCUGUGCUUCUUAGGCAAGGAGGCCCCACCCCGGGGUCCACAGAGGUGCCUCAGGCUCUGGUACAGGUGAUAUUUUCAAAGUGUUUCAUGAGCUCUGUGACCAGGGCACUGGCUGCUGAGAGUGGGGUCAGAGCUUUGGUGCUGGUGCCCUGUGUCACAGCAGACCUAAGCCCUGGACAUGCUGGGCAUGGGGGAGCCCUGGAGGUGGGUAAGUGUGGCAGGGAGCACUUAAGGGACUCAGGCAGGGUCUGUUUUCCAAAGAGUAUAGAAAUAACCUGUCUGUGGAAUGGUUUACACCGCCCCAGCACAGACUGGCUGAAGGUCAGCCCAGACUCGGGCAGGAGGCAACAGGCCUCUGUGCCAGGCAGCAAGGCCAGUGCUGUGCCCAGCCAGUGAGGCCCAGUGCCAGUGGCCCGGCCUUCCUGGCCACUCCCCAAGAGAGCAGCACAUACGUAUCCUAGGUGGGCUCCCCCUCACCUGAUGGGGACUUCCAAAGAGAUGGGAUGGGCCAACAGAUUGAAAGGAAGAAGCUUCAGUGAGAGAAGUCUGAGUUUACUGAGGCACUCCUGCGAGGGAGGGGCCCUCCAUUUAGCAGCUUCUGCAGCUUCCUUGUGGUGGAGGUAGGUUUGCUAGAAUAAUUGCAGGUGAUGAGUGCAUAUACCUCAGCUUAGACCUGGGCUGCUCCUUCUAGCAGAGCAGACCCUGAUGGGGCCUCAGCACAUAAGGUGGCAGGCCUGGGGCCCCGGUGGCCCUGAAUACUCCCCUGGGCUCGGCCCCUCCUCAGAGUAGGAGCUGAGCUGAAGACAGCCUCAGGAUCUUAUUCCUAGCCCUCCAAAACUCAGAAGCAUCGAGCACAAGAGAUCCCUUUCUUGGCUGAUCGAUGCUCCUUUAUGACCCAGAUCAUCCAUUAGGUGGAAACACAUUGCCCCCUAUGUCCCUCUCCCGUCCCCCAGCACCAUCACUGGCCGGUGGAAGGGUUUCCUGGAAGGGGCUACCAGCAGGGCCUUCCUUUCCCAGCCAGGAGCAGGUGGAGCCUGCCUCAUGAGACCCUCCAGAGGGAGGCUUGGAGGCCCCUGCCAGAGAUUGCAGGGGGUAAAUGCCCUUCUCCUCCUCCAGCCCAGGCAGACCUCGCCUUUUGGGUGGGAGCAGUCGUGGCUCUUAUUUUUCUGAAGAAGUUGGGUUUUUUUGUGUUGUUGUUGUUGUUGUUGAAAUAGAACUAAGGCGUAGCUGCCUCGGCUCAGAAAAGCCAGACUCCAUCCUGUGGCUGCAGAAUCAUGUGCGAUGGCCCUGCCUUCUCUCCCAGACACGGCUGGAGCUUCAGGCCCACAAACCAAAGUAGUCCUGCAGCAGGAGACCAGUGAGGCAGAGACCAAGGCUUCCUGCUCUGAAACCCUCUUCUCCUUUCACUUUCCUCUCCCACUCGGCACACGUGUGCUGGGGCGGGGGGGAGGGACCAGGCGUGUGACUAUAACACCCCGAUCCUAACAGACGUGAUUGUUACAUAAGACUCAGGCGCUGGGCCUCGUACUGUCUUUAAAGGUUUCCUCUGCUCGGCGUCAUUUCAUGCCAAAGUGCUGCUCUGGGCUGCUUUGUGCGCACAAAAUUGCUUUCUCUCACCUCGGCAAUGCAGCUUUCCAGAAGGACAGGCUGACACAGGACGGCCGUUCUGCACCUGCGAGUCUGUUGCCUUGUGGUUUGAGAAAGCGGGUCGAAGUGAUGCCUUCACGCCAUUGCAACAGGAGACAUUUAGGCUGGCAGAGCAAUUAUCAGAGUGGAAUUUGCCUGCAAACACCAAUUUUACUGUGCCAGGAAACCUUUCGGGACACCUGGGUUCCUUAAACUCACAUACAUGCAAGCAUCUGAGUCCUAAAGAAAGUGGCAUAAUAUCCUAUAGAUGCAGGUCCCUGACCAACGACCUGGGAUUUUCUAGAACAAGUGAACUUAUGAACUCACCUCUUUUAUUCCACUUCCCCUGACAACGAAAUUAGGUUUCUUGUCCCUUAGCCUGUGUUUACUCUUCUAUUAAGACCAGAAAAUAAAAGACAAUUUUCUAUUAAGUCACAGAACACAUGAGCAUAAUCUUAUAAUGGUUUCCUUUCUCUUCUGAAUAAAUAAGAACUUUACCCUUCCCUCUAAGAGCCGACCGAGAGAUCCAUUCCAAGGUAUCAGAUUCUGCCUCUUUCCCCUGCAAAGAGGCCCCCAUUGACUCUCAAAACCCAUGCUUCUCUUUGGAUUAAAAAUUCUUUUACAGCAUCUCGAGCAAUUCCAAGCAAAAGAGGACCACCACCAGUGUUGGAACUACCCAACAUGAUCCAACUCAGCACCGAAGACUCUUUAGCUGAAUGUCCGUUUCCCUUUUACUAAGAUGAGUCUUCAGAAUCUCCUCCAAACCAAAAAAGAGGGAGGUGGUGGGGAGAGCAGGGGGAAAAGAAGGAAGGAGGAGGAAAAGAAAAGAAACCAAGACAGAGAGAUGUUCUAACUAGGCUCGUGUCUAGAUAACACCUCUCUUUACUUACCAAGGUUCUAGACAGACUUCUGAUGGGGAGGUCAUGUCUCUUUCUGGGUAUCCCUCUGCCUCUCAACCCCAAGGGGACAGGGUGCCAGCAGGCCAUCAGACAAGGCAGUAGGGCUCCAGGCUCCAGGCCAGGGUGCCCUGGGAGCUGGGGUCAAGACAGAAUUACGCACACUGUGAAGGGACUGUGUCCCCCAGGCUCGAUGUGAGCCAUGAACACAGCUGCCCUGUGUAGGGUAGUGCACUUUCGUAGCUGAAGAAUCUACAUCUACCUUGGGUUUCACUUUUCCCCAUUCAGCGUCCCUAGGAGGUACUGACGUCACUGAUACCAUCUCUCGGAAGCUGAACUCCAGAUGUUCUGGAUUUUGCCUUCCCUUGAUUCUGGGACCACAAAGAGAAGAUGUCAUGUUCCAUCCCUCGGCCAGCACGCAGCCUCCACACAUCCUCCCUGACACACGCUAGGUGCUGAGCCUGAGUGCCCUCUGCCCUCCCAUCCCAGCCCUUGUUUUGCUGCAUGUUCGCAACGACCCAACUCCCGAGGGGGUUAAAUCUAAUCAGUCCAAGCUUAUUUGUCAACACGCCUGCCUCCGCGGUGCCCUCUGCCCUUGGGGAAUACUUGAUUCUCAUGAAAUACAGCUGGGGGCUCACGAGGUGAUAGUCACAAAAUGACCUGAAACAGUGUAAGGUGGGGAAUUGCUGCAGAGCGUGUAUGAAAUGUACACAUACUCACUGAAAGCCCACUGCAGGGGAAUUAAAGUGAACAAUUUUGCUUUUUUAAA